AUGCAUAUUGAAAAGAAUGUGUGUGAUAGUUUGUUGGGCUUAUUGCUAAAUAUUUCCGGAAAAACUAAAGAUGGUGUUAAUGCUCGUAAAGACAUGGAAGAGAUGGGAAUACGUAAAGAGCUUGCCCCUGUUGAGAGUGUGAAUGGUACUUAUCUCCCACCUGCAUUUUAUACUAUGUCAAAGGCAGAAAAAACAAAGUUUUGUAAAUGUUUACAUGAUAUUAAAGUCCCAUCUAGCUAUUCUGCAAAUAUUAAAAGUUUGGUGUCGAUGAAAGAGUGUAAAUUGCUUGGUAUGAAGUCUCAUGAUUGUCAUGUUUUAAUGACACAUAUGAUUCCUAUUGCAAUUCGUGGAUUAUUACCGGAGAACAUUCGACAUACAAUCACAAAACUUUGUUUGUUUUUUAACAUGAUUCACACAAAGGUUAUUGAUCCCGAAGUCUUGGACGAAUGGCAAAAGGAAAUUAUCAUUACCCUUUGUGAACUAGAGAUGCAUUUUCCACCGUCCUUUUUUGAUAUAAUGGUACACCUGAUAUCUCAUAUCGUACAAGAGAUUAAGGCUUGUGGUCCUGUAUUCCUACGUUACAUGUACCCUUUUGAAAGAUACAUGGGUUUCUUAAAAGGUUAUGUAAGAAACCGUAACCAUCCCGAGGGCAGUAUUGUUGAAGGAUAUAUUUGCGAAGAGGCGACCGAGUUCUGCACAGGUUAUUUGGAAGGUGUCGAAAGUAUUGGUGUUCCUAAAAGUCGUCAUUCAGGUCGACUUGCAGGUUUGGGAGUAGUUGGUAUGAAAAUAAUAGAUCCAGGCUAUGAGGAUCUACAACUUGCACAUUUUGUUGUUCUACAACAUAUGACAUGCAUUGCUUCAUAUAUUGAAGAACACAUGGAAAUAUUACGAUCGACGCAUUUGCAAAAGACAGAAAAAUGGUACAAAACUAAACAUAACGAACAGUUUUCUGAAUGGAUGAAGAACAAGGUGGCGAAAACUUACGAUCAACCAAAUGUUGAUAAAACUGUGCAAAAGUUGGGGCAGGGGCCAGAUUUUAGAGUAAAAUCAUACCAAGGGUAUGAUAUUAACGGUUAUACAUUUUACACUAAAAAUCAAGAUAAAAAAAGUGCAACGCAAAAUAGCGGAGUCACGUUAAUAGCCUCAGCUACAGAAUUUGACAGAGUUAAUCACGCCAAAAGAAUCGCCACAAACUCAUAUUAUGGUGUCAUAGAAGAAAUUUGGGAGUUAAAUUACGAUGAUAUCAUUAUACCUUUGUUAAAAUGUAAGUGGGUCGAUAAUCGUACAGGUGUUAAAGUUGAUGAAUAUGGUUUUACACUUGUCGAUCUUACCACUGAUGGGUAUAAAUCCGAACCAUUCAUUCUUGCAAGUCAAGCCACACAAGUGUUUUUUGUGAAUGACCCAAGCAAACCAAAAUACCAUAUAGUAUUGCAAAGUAAACGUCGUAUUCUUGGUGUUGAUCAUGUUGUUGAUGAGGAAGAGUACAACCAAUUUGAUGAGCUACCGCCAUUUUCAGUCGGUGUUCAAUCGAUAAACGAAUCUGCAACUGAUGGCGUCACAUACGUACGAUCCGACCACAACGAAAGGAUAUAUGUUGAAUAA